GUUCGUUCCUUUUCUUGCCGCUAGGUGGUGCGUGCCGGCGGUGCUGCACAUGGUCCUGAGAGAAAAGCUCGUGUAACAGAGCGCGGUAACGUUAGCGGUGCGGGAUAAUUCACCUCGAUGAGAGGCACGGAGGAAAUGGAGGCUGAAGUGGAGUUUGAUGAAGGCGAGGAGCCCUCGUUCAGCGACCCUGAGGACUUUGAGGAUGACAUCAGCGAUCAGGAGCUGCUGGGAGAUAUCCUGAGAGAGCAACCUCAGGAGGCCGAUGGCAUUGACUCUGUCGUCGUUGUCGACAACGUUCCCCAAGUAGGACCUGAUCGUCUGGAGAAACUAAAGAACGUCAUCCACAAGAUCUUCUCCAAGUUCGGCAAAAUCACCAACGAGUUCUAUCCAGAAGCAGAUGGGAAGACCAAGGGGUACAUUUUUCUGGAGUAUUCCAUCCCGAGUCAUGCACAGGAAGCGGUGAAGAACGCAGAUGGCUACAAGUUGGAUAAACAGCACACCUUCCGCGUCAACCUGUUCACUGACUUCGACAAGUACAUGACUAUCAGUGAUGAAUGGGAAGCUCCGGAGAAGCAGCCUUUUAAAGAUUUUGGGAAUCUCCGCCAUUGGAUGGAGGACCCGGACUGCCGCGACCAGUACAGCGUGAUCUACGAUUCUGGUGAGAAAACCGGCAUCUUUUCCAACGACGUCAAGGAACCCAUUGAGGUGGAGGAGAGGGCGCGCUGGACAGAAACGUACGUGCGCUGGUCUCCCAAAGGCACCUACCUAGCCACGUUCCAUCAGCGAGGCAUCGCACUGUGGGGCGGCGAGAAGUUCAAACAGAUUCAGAGGUUCAGCCAUCAGGGGGUGCAGCUCAUCGACUUCUCCCCUUGUGAGAGGUACGUGGUCACAUUCAGUCCCCUGAUGGACACGAAGGAUGAUCCUCAGGCCAUCAUAAUCUGGGAUGUUCUGACCGGCCAGAAGAAGAGGGGGUUCCACUGCGAGAGCUCCGCCCACUGGCCCAUCUUCAAGUGGAGUCCGGACGGGAAGUUCUUCGCUAGAAUGACUCAGGACACACUCAGCAUCUACGAGACACCGUCGAUGGGUCUUUUGGAUAAGAAGAGUUUGAAAAUCAACGGAAUUAAAGAUUUCUCCUGGUCCCCCGGCGAUAACAUCAUUGCGUUCUGGGUUCCUGAGGACAAAGACAUCCCGGCGAGGGUGACCCUCAUGCAGCUCCCGUCGAGGAACGAGAUCCGAGUGCGCAACCUGUUUAACGUCGUGGAUUGCAAACUUCACUGGCAGAAGAACGGCGACUACCUGUGUGUUAAGGUGGACAGGACUCCAAAGGGAACACAGGGAAUAGUCACGAAUUUUGAGAUCUUCCGGAUGAGGGAGAAGCAGGUUCCUGUGGACGUUGUGGAGAUGAAAGAGGGCAUCAUCGCCUUUGCUUGGGAGCCCAACGGGAGCAGGUUUGCAGUGCUGCAUGGCGAAUCCCCCAGGAUCAACGCGUCCUUCUACCACGUCAAGAGCAAUGGCAAAAUAGAUUUGAUCAAAAUGUUUGAUAAACAGCAAGCGAACAGCAUUUUCUGGAGCCCUCAGGGCCAGUUCUUGGUCUUGGCUGGAUUGAGGAGCAUGAACGGCGCUCUGGCGUUUGUAGACACCUCAGACUGCACCAUGAUGAACAUCGCUGAGCAUUACAUGGCCUCUGAUGUGGAGUGGGACCCAACCGGGAGAUUCGUCGUCACCUCUGUUUCUUGGUGGAGCCACAAGGUGGACAAUGCAUACUGGCUGUGGACGUUUCAAGGGCGACUGCUGCAGAAAAACAACAAAGACCGUUUCUGUCAGCUACUCUGGCGGCCUCGUCCUCCGUCCCUCCUCUCCCAGGAGCAGAUCAAGGCAAUCAAGAAAGACCUGAAGAAAUACUCCAAGAUCUUUGAGCAGAAAGAUCGACUCAGCCAGUCGAAGGCUUCAAAGGAGCUGGUCGACAAGAGGCGCACAAUGAUGGAGGAUUACCGCAAGUACCGCGAGGCCGCCAUGAAGAUGUAUCAGGAGCAGAGAGAUCUCCGCCUCGAGCUCAGAGGAGGUGUGGACACUGAUGAACUGGAAAGUAAUGUUGAUGACUGGGAAGAGGAGACCAUUGAGUUUUUCAUCAAUGAAGAAAUCAUUCCAAUCGGAGAUCUGUAGUCACACAAGCAGAACCGUUUUAAUUCUCGAGGACCGUGCUUCUCUCCCAUCUCUCCAACAAAUUCCUUGUUAACAUCCAGCCAAGUGCCUUUUAAUACUGGUUGCUGUGGAAGGAGAAUUUCGUACCACUGUUGGCGGCGGCAGCUUCUGCUGCUGCUUUUCUUUUUGUUUUGCUCCCGUCAUAUCCAGCUUCCGGGAGCAUUCACCUACCUUUUGAUCCUGCCGCCUUCACCCUGAGCAGCACUUGGCCUCUGGUUCUCGCCUUUUGAGCUGAACGUUUACUUCGUCAGAAGGCCCGUAAUCAUGACUCGGCAUGCCACGGAAGGUUUUUACAUCUCCACGUGGAAGAAAGACAUUCUGUUUCCAGAGAUUUUUCAUAGGGUUAACAUGUACUCUAGUGUGCGCUACAGUGGGCUGUAUCCUCCUCCAUUCAGAUUACCUGAUAUUAAAUGUGCAACAAGGUAAUAAAGUAUAAAUACAAUUUAA